UUCGACCAUUCGCAUGCAUCAACUCGAGGACGGAUAAACCUAUUUUAAUAAAAAUGGAGAACAUAAACGAACAAUUACGAGAAAUCAAUACCCUUUGCCAGCAAUCUUCGAACGUUAACCUUGGCUUCGGCCUUAAGUAGGUUGAUAUCUAUGGAGCAUGGAUAUAAAACCAGAGUGAUCAUAUCACUGAGACUUCGUCUGCUAGCUGACGGUUUUGUAGUAUUGCGAAGGACGGUGUUAGAGUAGUGUGUUGGUGGGUUCGAUAGAAUCUUGUAAUUGUUACAUAUUUUGUAUUAGUACAGUAUUAAAUGCUACGAUGAACACUGCAAUUUAUAAAAGUUUUUUAACAAAAUCCGUUAAGGUGAUUUCAACAUUCAAGAAUGCUACUUGUGUGAGGGGUGUGCACAUAUCUUCGGAAAGAUUGAAAGCGCAGAUCAUAGAUGGUGUUAAGAUUGCUAAAGAUAUUCGUCGUGAAUUAAAAGUAGAGGUAGACGAGUGGAUUGCACGGGGCAACAAGCGACCUCACUUGACAGCCUUGCUUGUGGGGGAGGAUCCUGCCAGUGCUACUUAUGUAAAGAACAAGAUGCAGGCUGCUAGAGAAAUUGGGAUUGAGAGCAGAACACUCAAGGUGCCACCAAGUGUAACACAGAAUGAGCUACUGGACCAUAUCCAGUUCUUGAAUGGUGACUCUCAUGUUGAUGGAAUCCUGGUGCAGCUGCCCCUUCCAAAACACAUAACAGAACGAGCUAUAUGCAAUGCUAUAGCUCCUCACAAGGACGUCGAUGGUUUCAACAUUGUUAAUGUGGGACGAUUCUGCCUGGACAUGAAUACACUAAUUCCAUGUACACCACUUGGAGUCCAGGAGCUCAUCAAGAGAACGGGUGUGAAAACAUUUGGGAAGCAUGCUGUAGUCUGUGGAAGAUCAAAGAAUGUUGGUAUGCCAAUUGCAAUGUUGCUGCAUGCUGAUGGUUUGGGUGAGACAUCUGCCAUGGAUGCCACCACAACAAUCUGCCAUCGCUACACGCCCCCAGAUCAGUUGGCAUUGCUCACAAGGUCAGCUGAUAUCAUUGUCACUGCAGCUGGUGUACCGAACCUGAUCCGAGCUGACAUGGUGAAGCCUGGUGCUUGCAUAAUUGAUGUUGGUAUCACCAGGAUCCACAACAAGAAGACAGGAAAGUCUAAACUUGUUGGAGAUGUAGACUUUGAAGCUGUGAGUGAGGUUGCUGGCUACAUCACUCCAGUGCCAGGCGGAGUGGGCCCUAUGACAGUUGCCAUGCUCAUGAGGAAUACGCUGAUAGCUGCCAAGAAGUCGGUUGUUUAUAAUAUUCUUGAGCCAGGAGCAGUUGUUCACAAGGAAGCUUCUCAGCUCAGGCCUUAAACUCAUUCUUCAUGGAGAGAAUAUUUGAUGUUCUUACAGAAUCUUUGUCUUGUGUACAGUGUCACACUUGCCAAAUACAGGCUACAGUGAAUGACCAUGAAACCAAUUGCAGCCAGUGUACAUGCAUGAAUAGGGUUUGGGUUUCCCUUGUUUUGACACAUUUUAUAUCAAUAUUCUAGUGGAUUGAGUUCACAUUUUGUGUCCAUCAUGAUAACUAGGCCUACCCAGACUUUACUUAAUAGCUCAUACAUUGUCAUUUGAUAUUGCAGCCACACCCAGCAUUAGAUGUUAUUUAUGUUUUCUUUCAUGUCUGUGAUAUGUUUUAUUUAUUUGUGGUAGUUGUGUUACCUUAAAACAGUAACCUUGGUGACUUGUUUUGCUCAUGUGCUACAAAGUAGUAAUGAUGAGACAAUUUGUUUAACCUUUUAGUAUUUAAACAUCUUUAGUAACAGCGUUUCUAAUGAGAAGAAUGUGUGUAAAACUCACAGUGAAUAUUACAAAUUAAUAGAGUGAGAACAUUAUAUAGGAGCAUCAUGUUGUAAGAAUUAUCUAGAAUGUUAUUGUAAUCCAUCUAUAUAUGACAGUUUAACUUUUGUAUUGUAUUCAUUUCACUUGUGACAAUAUGUUUAAGGUUACAAACAGAUCUUCAGGUCAUCAUUUCCUGUUAGUGAGGUACUACAUAAUAGGUGAUGAUGACCUGAAGAUGGGUUUAUAACCUGAAACAUGUUAUCACAAGUGAACUGAAUAUGAGACAAAGUGAAACUGUGGUACAUGGACUGUUGUGUAUAGACAGAUUACAGUCAUAUUUUAAUAGAAUGAAAUUUAAAGAAAGAGAAGUGCUGACAGAGUACUUAUUGCUUUAUAUACUGGAAUUAUUUGAUGCUGAAGCUAUGAGUAUGAAUCCAAUGUUUGUAACAGGAUGAACAAUUAAUUUCUGUUGGCUGAGAUAACCUUUAUUAUAUUUUUAUAUACACAAUAUUACAAAAUAAGUAUAUAUAUAUAUAUAUAUAUAUAUAUUCAUAUAUACACAUAUUAAUUAAUGUUUUAUCUUUAAUUUGUCACUACUGCUGUACAUCUGUGACUUGUCUUGAAAAUAGAAAAAUGGCUCGUGUGUUCUCGGACACAGAAAUUAGGAAUAGGCAAGGUGUCAGGUUCAUUGGAAUCCCAGUGACCAUAACAAGGAUCAGGUUUUUCCAUCUGGUCAGGAGCUAUUUUCCUUAAUGGACACGCGUGUCUGCAUGAAGUCAACUGGAGUGAAAUUGCACAUUUUUACAAUCCUGUUUCAAAAGAUGGAAAUAAUCAGUGUAUAUGUAGUAAAUGUGGUAAUUAGAACAGUUAAAAAUGAAUUACACUUUGGCCCACAAUAUAUUCAUACAAACUUAUCUUCCAUGUCACAGUAAAGUUUCAGAUUCCUGUGUAGUGUCAGGCAAAUUCACGAACUUCAAAUUUUAUCCAUACUCUCAACCCCUUUCACACGUCAUGCACACUGCAUCACUUGUACUUAUUCCACGUGUUCAUGCUGAGCCUCUGCUUCCGUCCAAGUAUUCUGAACUGUUUCCACUAUCCAUCGCCAACACGUGGACUUGCUGAAGAAGUAUAUGCCACAAACAAGUAUGAAAAUCCAUGACAGGGCAAGGCAGUAGUCAUUCUCUUUGACCAGGACACUUGGCACUGGCCCACCAAAGUCUGCUGAUGUCACAAACAGCUUACCUUGUGGCUCUAUACCUGCACAUAUUUAAAUCCAUUGAUGAUCAUUAUCACAAAAAUUGCUCAUUAAUAAAUAACAUAAAGUAGUAAUCUCAACAAGAGGUAUUCAAAUUUUUUUAGAAAGAAAUUUGAAUAUUUGAUUUCUUUUUCAAAAAUACAUUGAAUCCUUUCAAUAAAAGGCAGCUAUUACUGGUCAAAAUGGCCCUAAUUGGACACCUGCUCAACAUGUAUAAAUCAAAUUUUAAUAAGUAUUCCAUGUCAUAUUUAAAUAUCUAUGUGCUGACAAAUGAUCAUGCACUGUUGCAAGACAGAAAAGGUUGUUGUUUUGAGUUUAUUUCAGUUAGGAUAUUUAGUUUAAUUAUAACUUUUGCAAUAUAUUAAAGGUAUGAGCUACAUUGAUUCUAGAUCAUGACUGUAGACAGAAAUGAGAGCUUCACAUUCUGACCACUUUUUCCCUCGGGAAAUAGUUGCCAAUACUCCAUUGUAUAGAAAGCUGGGUGUAGUGGUGGUGAAGGUGAAGAAAUUCCUAACCCUUCCAGGAACUGAACUCCAGUCAUCCAAAUCACAGCUAAGUCAAUUUACUCUUUAGAAGUUAAUAGUUUAUUUGUUUAUAUAACGAUUACAACAUGGUAAGAGUGGAAGAAAGGUGAAAGCUGUAUCUUCCACACUGGAUAAAAGAGAGUCCAAGAAAAAAAAUCUUUUAUGUACUGACCAGGAAUAUAACCCUAGACAUUCAAUCUACAGCCAGUCAUUUGUGAGUUACUCAGCUCACAGUGUUAAUAUAAUGAUAGAGAUGAAGCUUUGUAUACCGGUAUAUUUUGUUAUAAAUCUACUGAACAUCUCCAAGGUGUACUCUGAAUCAUUGAACUUCGCAGCUGGUCGCCCAUUAUGAAACAGCAUCAUAGUUGGGACUCCAACAAUUCCAUACUGUGUGUUGAAGCUGAAAAAAUACACAACUUAAAUUGUAAAUUACUAUUUUUUAUAUUAACUUAACACUGAUGCAAAAAGCACAGAGAAGCUUGACCUUGUAACUGCCAUUCUCUGCAGGAAAAGAAAAUUUGAUAUCCAGGCUUCCCAGUAAAACAGAAGCCCAAAGUUAUGGUUUACCCAUUAUGCAAAAGAGUAAAACAAUUUUAAAAGUAUGUUAUACAUUAGGUGACAGUUUAAAGAUCAAGGAGAUGGGAAGAUAAUACUGAAAUAAAUAUUUGAACCUUUGGGUUCCAUUACUGGAGAAUUAUUCAGUUACAUAUAUUAAGUUUUGUAUAAAUGCACAAUGUAGAAUAUAUAAACUAAAUUAUAAGUUGUA